CUUUUUUUUUCUUUCUUUUUUAUUAUUGACCAUGGUCGAGUGCAACUCUAUCACUUUAUUCGCUGCUAUUGGUGCUGCUUUUCUCGGUUAUAAAGUCUUGUCACUUUUAAAGACUGUGUUUGAUUCUUUUGUAGCCAGUGGUAUUCCUCUCAAGAAAUUUGGUGCUGAUCAAGGUGCUUGGGCAGUAAUCACGGGUGCUACUGAUGGUAUUGGUAAAGAGUUUGCUUUACAACUCGCUAAAAACAAGUUUAAUGUCUGUUUGAUUUCUCGUACUGCUUCUAAGUUGGAUGCAAUGGCAAAGGAUAUCGCUGAACAGUAUGGCGUUGAAACAAAGACAUUGGCUAUGGAUUUCACAAAAGGUGAUCCUGAGGAUUUUAAAAGAGUAGGAGAAACACUGGGUUCUAUUCGUGUAGGUGUUCUUGUGAACAAUGUGGGUGUCAAUCAUGACAUUCCUACCUCUUUUAUGGAAGAAGAUGAUACAACUAUCAACAACAUCAUUGAAGUCAACAUUAAGGGUCUUAUGAAAAUGACAAAGCUUGUACUUCCUCAAAUGAAAGAAAAUCAUAAUGGUCUUAUUCUCAACAUGGGUUCAUUUGCUGGUUUGGUAGCUACACCUUAUUUAUCUGUCUAUUCUGCUGGUAAGGCCUUUUUGUCUACUUGGUCUCAAGCUUUGGGUAAGGAAGUUGAAAAAGAUGGUAUUGUUGUUGAACACGUCAAUACCUAUUUUGUUGUUUCUGCUAUGAGUAAGAUUCGUAAGCCUUCUCUUUUGAUUCCUACUGCCAAGGAUUACGUUACAAGUGUAUUGAAGAAGAUCGGUGUCCCUUGUGGUGCUCAAGUUCCUUUUACUUCUGCUCCUUAUCCUAUGCAUGGUGUUGCUAACUGGGCCAUCAAUAACUUGUUUACUACUUCUUUCUGGGUGAAUUACAAUGACAGUAAGUUGCGUUUGUUAGAUAUACGUUGUUGAUACAUACAUAUAUUUUGAUAGGCAUUCAAAAAGAUAUUCGUAAGAGAGCUUUGCGUAAACGUGAGCGUGAAGCUGCUGCUAGAAAGAAUGAAUAAAAUAGGUUUCUUAGCUACUAUAAGAGAUGAAGCUUAUCAAAAAAGAGCGAAUGCUUUAUUUAGUAACAAACAAAUAAAAAAAGUAUAAAUACUCGCUUGACUCCAUUA